CUUUUGGCCAUUUCUGAACUUCAGUCGAUUGAUUACCAUGACUGCAGUCAAUACAUUUGUGACCAUGUGGCGGUUCCUGCUCACCUUGGGACCGUCCGCCAUGGUCAUUCUGAUGCUCAAUUCGGGCAUUCAAAACGAUAGACAAGACAUUGUGGAUGAGGAGCAUCGCGUGCGUUCAAUACAUAUUGAGAAUCUAAGACAGAGUUAUGACUUCAUUGUGGUUGGCGGUGGUUCGGCGGGGUGUGUGCUCGCCGCUCGCCUAUCGGAGAAUCCAGAGUGGAGCGUUUUGCUUUUGGAGGCCGGCGGCGAUGAGCCAGUGCUGAUUGAUUUGCCCCAGAUGUAUCCGGUGUUUCAGCGCAGUCCCUGGGAUUGGAAAUACUCGACAGAGCCAUCGGAUCGCUACUGUCUGGCCAUGGAGGAUCAACGUUGCUUCUGGCCCAGGGGUAAGGUACUUGGCGGCUGCAGUUCCAUCAAUGCCAUGAUGUAUGUGCGUGGCAAUCGGCGGGACUAUGAUCACUGGGCAGAGCUGGGCAAUCCGGGAUGGGAGUAUAACAAUGUCUUACAUUAUUUCCGCAAGACCGAAGAUAACCGAGUGCCAGGCUACGAGCAUAAUCCCUAUCAUGGCCAUGGCGGCCCCAUUUCAGUGGAACGCUAUCGAUUCCCCUCUCCGCUCUUGAACAUAUUCAUGCAGUCGGCCCGUGAAUUGGGCCUACAGCAUCCCGAUGGAGACUUCAAUGGACGCACUCAGACGGGUUUUGCCCCACCCCACGGCACCCUGCGCGAUGGUUUGCGUUGCAGUGCCAAUAAGGGCUACAUGCGACGCAGCUGGCAGAGACCGAAUCUCGAUAUUGUUCUCAAGGCAUUUGUGGAGCGUCUCAUUAUUGAUCCACAGACGAGACGAACUAUCGGCGUUAAAUUUGAAUACAAUCUACUCAAAUAUCAGGUGAGAGCCGACAGAGAAGUCAUUCUCUCGGCUGGCUCCUUGGCUAGCCCCCAACUGCUAAUGGUAAGCGGUGUGGGGCCACGGGAACAGCUUGAACCCUUGGGCAUUCCAGUUAUACAACAUUUGCCCGGAGUGGGUGGCAAUCUGCAGGAUCAUAUAUCAACCUCGGGAGCCAUCUAUACCUUCGAUAGUCAUCAGCCAGGCCAACACUUGUCUUUCAUUGUACCCGAAAUGCUGAAUGCUGAAUCUGUGCGAGCAUUCCUACAAGGCCGCGAUAGUUUCUUCUAUGCCAUGCCCGUGAGCGAGGUCAUGGGUUUCGCCAGCACUCGCUAUCAGAAUCCCCAGCUGGAUUGGCCCGAUGUUCAGUUAUUUAUGGGCAGCUAUGGCUAUGGUGCUGAUGGAGGCAUGAUCGGACGUCGUGGAGCCGCCAUCACUUUGGACAAUUUCGCUGAAACUUUUGAGCCACUGAUCUAUCAAGAUUCGUUUGUCAUUGCUCCACUGCUGAUGCGUCCACGAUCCAGAGGGUAUGUACAAUUGCAAUCACCAGACCCACGAAUCCAUCCCCGCAUCCAUGCCAACUACUAUGAUGAUCCUCACGACAUGGCCAUAAUGGUGGAGGGCCUUAAGCUGGCCCAUCGUCUGACCCAGACUCCGGUCAUGCAGGCCCUCAAUGCCACCCUGAAUAUCUAUGAGUGGCGCAAUUGCCCAGAGGUGGAGUAUCUCAGUGAUGCCUUCUGGGAGUGCAUUGCCCGUUACUACUCACAGACGAUCUAUCAUCCAGUGGGUACAUGCAAAAUGGCACCCGAUCACGAUCCGUCCGGAGUGGUCGAUCCGCGUCUACGAGUGCGUGGUCUUCGAAACCUGCGAGUGAUAGAUGCCAGCAUUAUGCCUACAAUUCCCACUGGCAACACCAAUGCCCCCACUCUAAUGCUGGCCGAGAGGGGUGCCGAUAUCAUUAAAGAGGAUUGGCUUCACUAUCCAAAUGGUGGCUGGUCAUAGAAUAUUUUUCAAAAUCCACACACCAAAAUAACCUGCCUAAAUAAAUAAUACCCAAAAUAAAACUAAA